AUGGCGACUGCAUUUCACGUCCCGACCGGCCACGUCGGCAACCUCACCUCGGAGCAGGAGGAGAAACUGCGCGACUUCUGGCGAACCGUCUACAAGUUGAACGACGUCUUCGACGCCCACGGCCCGCCCAACGGUUCAGCCAACCCAGCCCAGCUCCAGCGGACCGCAACUGCCUCUUCGCAGCAGUCGACCCAGAAGUCCGGAUGGGGCCUUUUCCGACGUUCCACGGCCGAGCCGGCAUCGCCUCAGGCCACCCCUAAGACCGACCUCAACGCGACGGCGCAGGAGCUGGAUCGCCUGGGCCUGCCCCGGGAACUGCACGACGUCCUCUCCCACCACACCCCCGACACGAUCCGGUCCAUGGUCAUUGGCGCCGUCAAGCACGAGCACCCAGACUCGCUGGCGCUGCGCUUCCUGCGCGCGCGCAAGUGGGAUCUUGACAAGGCCCUCGUCAUGAUGUUCACCGCCAUGGACUGGCGAUAUCGGGAGGCCAAGGUCGACCAGGACGUCAUCCCCAACGGCGACGGUGGUGCGCUCGAGGCGGCGGAGAAGGGCGAUACUCUGUCCCGCGACUUCAUGAAGCAGUGCCGCAUGGGCAAGAGUUUCGCUCACGGCACCGACAGAGAAGGCCGACCCAUCUGCUACGUCCGCGUCCGCCUUCACAGGGCCUCUGAUCAGUGCCCCGAGAGUAUCGACCGGUACUGCACGUACCUUAUCGAGACGGCCCGUCUGACUCUUAACCCCCCCUGCGAGACUGCGAACCUCAUGUUCGACAUGACUGGCUUCACCCUCGCGAACAUGGACUAUGUCCCCGUCAAGUUCAUCAUCAAGUGCUUCGAGGCAAACUAUCCUGAAUCUCUGGGCGUCAUUCUGAUUCACAACGCACCUUGGGUGUUCAAGGGCAUCUGGAAGAUCAUCCAGGGCUGGAUGGACCCCGUCAUUCGCGCCAAGGUCAACUUCACCUACGGAAGGGUAGACCUUGAGAAGUUCAUCGCCCCCGAACAGAUCAUCAAGGAGCUCGGUGGCGACGAGGACUGGGAGUACACCUACAGCGAGCCUGUGCCCGGCGAGAACGACCUCAUGAAGGACACGGAGACGAAGGAUCGCAUCACCAAGGAGCGGAAAGAGCUUGCCUCGCAGUUCGAGGUGGCAACACAGAAGUGGAUCAAGGCCGAGGGCAAGGAGGCCGAGGAGCUCAAGGAGGAGCGCAACCGCCUCGCCGCUGAGCUUCGAGCCAACUACUGGAAGCUCGACCCCUACGUGCGCGCGCGGUCUGUGCUUGACCGUCAAGGCGUGCUCCAGGGCGGCAAGCCGGUGGUGUGGUAUCCGGAUGUGCGGGAAGAGACGGCUGUUGAGGAGGUGGACACCAAGGAGAAGGCUACCGUGAACGCUGCCCCGGCCACCGUCGCGGCACCAUCGGCGGCGGCGGCGUGA